AUGUUUUCCCUUUCACAAGCCGUGAGCAGGUCUGUCGCAGCUAAUGUGGCGCUGUUCCGCCACUUCUCUAUUAUGAGCAAAACGCCCAUGACCUCUUCGUUUGGGGUUUUCAAAUCCAACAUCUCCCAGCCACUCGUUAGCCCGGAAAGCCAGCCGGUCUCUGCCUUUCUGUUCAUCACAAACCUCAUCCAGAGAAGAUUUAAGUCCAGAGGUAACACAUAUCAGCCUUCCACAUUAAAGAGAAAGAGAACCUUUGGAUUCUUAGCGCGCUUGAAGUCUAAGAAUGGAAGAAAGGUGUUGGCCAGAAGAAGAGCUAAAGGACGCUGGUACUUGACUCAUUAA